GCUCCUCGGCUGCUCUUCCCCGCUCUGCCUCGGCCAGCUCCCAGCCCGCACCCCUGGCUCCUCUCUCCCCACUCUUCUCCCCGCUGCCCCUCUCCUCGCACCCCGCUGCCCCCGGCUCCUCUCCCCGUUCCUCCGGCUCCGCUCCCCCGGCAACAUGCGCGGGCGGCCGCGGGCAGUGGCUGCGGUGCCGGCUCGGAUGUCCCCUUCCUCCUGCCUUCGCCCGCUCCAGGCGACCCGCUAAGAGAUGGACUUGGCAGGCGUGCUGCUGGCGUUGCUCCUCGUGUUGGUGCUGGUCGUCUCUCUGCUCUCCAACCUCCUGGUGCUGCUAUGCUUCGUCUACAGUACAGAGAUCCGCAAGCAGGUCGCCGGGGUUUUCCUGGUGAACUUAUCCUUUUGCAACCUGCUCCUCACCGUCCUGAACAUGCCUUUCACCCUGCUGGGAAUCCUGAGGAACCAGCAACCCCUCGGGGGCUGCAUCUGCAAAGCGGUGGGUUUCCUGGAAACUUUCCUGACAUCCAACACGAUGCUGAGCAUGGCAGCACUCAGCAUCGACAAGUGGAUUGCUGUGGUGUUCCCCUUGAGCUACACCAGCAAGAUGCGGUAUAAGGAUGCUGUGAUACUGAUGGGCUACUCGUGGCUCCACUCUCUCACCUUUCCCUUGGUGUCCUUGUUUUACUCGUGGGUAGAUUACAACAGCGUUUAUGCCUCUUGCACCUUGCACCUGAAGGAAGAGACAGAGCGGAGAAGGUUUACAGUGUUCACCAUCGUCUUUCACUCCACCAGUUUCAUGCUGUCGCUGGUGAUCUUGUGUUUCACCUAUUUAAAGGUGCUGAAAGUUGCCCGGUUCCACUGCAAGCGGAUAGACAUUAUAACCAUGCAGACUCUGGUUUUGCUGGUGGAUAUCCACCCCAGUGUGAAGCAGCGCUGUCUCAAUGAGCAGAAAAGAAGGAGGCAACGGGCUACCAAGAAAAUCAGUAUUUUUAUAGGAUCAUUCGUGAUCUGUUUUGGUCCUUACAUUAUCACCAGGUUGAUAGAGCUCCUUCCUUUUGUGACCAUAAACUACUACUGGGGAAUUAUAAGCAAGUGCCUCACCUACAGUAAGGCUGCGUCAGACCCAUUUGUUUACUCACUUUUACGUCAACAGUACAAAAAAGUUCUGAUCAACAUCGUCAAUAGGAUACUUAAAAGGGAUCUGUAUCCGUCAUCAGGGUACAACAGCUCUCUCGACACCGAAAAUGAUUACUGCUUGCACAGAACAAACUAACAACAUGACAAGCACUCCCCUUCAAGCGAGACAGGUGAUUGCCACUGCUGGAAAGCUGCCUUUGCCCUCUCAUGCUCACAGUGGUGACAGUGUCUCCAGGGGGUGGAAGCUGCAUUAAUGCAAUGCAUUUCUUUGUAGACUUUCCCAAAACGCUCUUCCCUGGUCUGCAGCUAGUGGGAUAUAUGGCAAAGCCUUGUCCCUGAGGGAAUGGAGUAGUCUUGAAGGGUUUAUGAGAGCCUUUGCAGGCUUUAGAGGAGCUUUUAAUAUUUCAAGGCUGAAGACUUGAUAUUUCUUGGAGCAUCCCAUAGCAGAUGUGACAUCCUACUGUAUCCUGGGAGCAUGGGAAUCCCUGGCUUGGAAGGAGAGGUUCAGCAUCCUCUGUGCUGCGCAUGCACCUUGGCAGUCCUGGAUCUGCCCUGUUGGUUUUGAACAUUAAAAAUAAGUCUUUCAAUUGAUUUAUUGUAUUGGUGCCUCAAGUGAUUGA